CGAUCCCCCGUCGAGAAUCCGAAGCCAGCUCCAGCCUACGCGCGUUUCUCGCCGGCCGGCCGACCCAGCUCGCGCGCACAGCAACGUUCUGAGCUCAUGUCGACGGUAGUAGGCGCACGUUCCGAGCCCACCACGCCGACGGCCACCCGCAAGCGCCCGGCGGCGGAGCGCGUCGCCAACGGCAACGGCGGCAAGAAGGCUCGGUACUCGUUCGGGAGCAUUCGCGACUACGAGACGCUGGAGGUGCUCCGGGAAGGCGCCUACGGCCAGGUCUCGAAGGCGCGCGACCGCCGCACCGGCAAGAAGGUGGCGGUGAAGUGGAUCCGCGCGCCCGACAUGCCGGCCGUGAUCCGUGAGGCCGGCUGCCACGCGGCGUGCCGCGGCCACCCGUCCGUCGUCGACAUCCUGGACGUGGCGACGGACGCCGACACGGGGGACAUGUUCCUCGUCAUGGAGCUCGUCGCCGGCGGGCUCACCCUGCGCGAGCACCUCUACAAGCCUCUCUCGGAGGACGUGGCCCGCGUGAUGAUGCGGCAGCUCCUGGACGCGGCCGAGAGGCUGCACGGGGCCGGCGUCGUCCAUCGGGACAUCAAGCCCGAGAACGUCCUCGUCACCAUGUUCGGCGAGCUGAAGGUGGGCGACUUCGGGUCGGCGACGCGCCGGAGGCCGCCCGGUGUGCCGUACGAGAAGUGCCGCGUGGGCACGCUGAUCUACACCUCGCCGGAGCAGCUGGAGGGGAACCGGUGCUACGGGCAGGCCGUGGACAUGUGGGCGCUCGGGUGCAUCAUGGCUGAGCUCCUGGCCGACGGGACCCUGUUCGUGGGAGACACGGAGGAGGGCAUGGUCGCCGAGAUGGCCAAGCUACGAGAGCAGAUCGCCUCCACGGGGAAGAUGGACCUGGAGUGGUUCCCGGAUCUUUCGGAAGCCGGGCACGGCCUCCUCACUGGCAUGCUUGCAUUCGACCCCGACCAGAGGCUCACGGCGGUGGAAGCGCUUCACCAUCGGUGGUUCAACAACAACGAGGCCUCUGCUUCGUGACUGUUAAGUUAAUUAGCUUCAUUAGACCGAUGGACGAAAUGUUCAGUGCAUUGCUCUGUGGUGUCCCAGAGUUAGCUUAAUUAUCCUGCAACCCUUCUGCAGGUUUGUUUUGGGGAAAAGGUUUGGAUAAAUUUAAGCGUGUAUGCACCAACUUAA